GGGGCGGGGCCUCGAUGACAAUGGCGGGCGAACUGGAGAGUUGCAAGUCCCUGAGCGGGCUGCUGAGCGGCCUGGCCCAGAAGGACUUCCACGGGCACCCGGGCGUGACCGAGGAGCUGCUGCGGAGCCAGCUCUACCCCGAGGUGCCCCCCGAGGAGUUCCGGCCUUUUCUCGCGAAGAUGCGGGGGAUUCUUAAGUCUGUUGCAUCUGCAGACAUGGAUUUCAACCAGCUGGAAGCAUUCUUGACUGCUCAAACCAAAAAGCAAGGAGGGAUCACAUCUGAUCAAGCUGCUGUCAUUUCUAAAUUCUGGAAGAGUCAUAAGACAAAGAUCCGAGAGAGCCUGAUGAACCAGAGCCGCUGGGACAGUGGGCUUCGGGGCCUAAGCUGGAGAGUUGAUGGCAAAUCACAGUCGAGGCACUCAGCUCAGAUACACGCCCCUGUUGCUAUAAUGGAGCUGGAAAUAGGGAAAAGUGGACAGGACUUUUACUGAGAAUAUCAACUGGACUGGAAUCAUUUGUUGCAGAAUAAAACAGAAAUGGCUCUGUGGCUUGUCUCUACCUGGUGAAUGUGGAUAGUGGAGUAUUCUGGGGCUUGUGCUCUUGAUGGAAGACUUUUAUGAGGCCAGCCUUCCAUCCAGCUUCUUGCUAGCUGACAGGCAGUUGGAUGAGAGCUCUGUCUGAUGAUGAACAUGACAAUGUGCCAAACUGUCCAGUAACCUUUUCUGGGUUUUAAAUUCUAAAUGUCUAUUGAUCAGAAAGAAAUAGCCCUUUGGAGAUCAUUUAAUUUUUGCUUUGAAAGCCUGACCAUCAGCGCCAACAAAGUUGACUUACAGUGUGGUUGGUUAAACUGGCAUUCAUUUGGGAAUUUUUUAGAACUUCAAGUUUCGAGAGUCAACAUUCAGCCUUAUCCUCUAUUUUUGGCAGGGAGGAGGGAGCACGUGGAAGGGAAGAACAGCAACAUACAACUUUUAGCAGAAUAUGAAAUACUUGAGGCCCGGUGCACGAAAUUCG